AUGGGCAAAAUUGGCAUGGUCCUUACCCUCAUCACAGGUUCUACUGCAUCAAAGGAAGCAGACUUUCCUGUUCCUCAUGAGGAGCUGAUGGAGCCUUGUCACACCUGCAAAGAGAAUGUGCUUUCUCCUUUUCUUUCUCUACAAUACAGGUUCUAUCCCCAGAAUGUGAGGAAUGAACUGUCAGUUAAGAAGCACUGUCCGGUACAGCUGAGUCUGGCGUUCAUCAGAGAGUGGAGCAAGGAUUUCAUCAUUGCGGUCAAGUCCGACGACCAAAACUACAGGGUGGAGGCCGACCAUGCACUGGUGCACAAAUUGCCAGAGAAAAACAGAGAGAGGCUGAACAUCUUGAUAAAACACCUUCUCAAAGUAUCACGACAUAGCCACCAAAAUCUCAUGACCAUCUCAAAUCUCGGUGUCAUAUUUGGUCCAACCCUGAUGAGAGCACAGGAGGAAACUGUGGCUGCCAUGAUGAACAUCAAAUUUCAGAACAUAGUGGUGGAAAUCCUAAUUGAGCACUAUGAGAUUUUUCAUACUGCCCCAGACCCAAACAUUCCUCUUCCUCAGCCUCAGUCUCGAUCUGGAUCCCGAAGGACCCAUGCCAUCUGCCUGUCCACAGGUUCUCGGAAGCCCAGAGGGACGUACACGCCGUGCCUGGCAGAGCCUGAUAGUGACUCCUACAGCAGCAGCCCAGACAGCACUCCCAUGGGCAGCAUAGAGUCGUUCUCUUCCCACUCCUCUGAACAAAACAGCACCACAAAGUCCACUGCCUGCCAGCCCAGGGAGAAGUCAGGAGGGAUUCCCUGGAUCGCAACUCCACCAUCUUCCAAUGGACAAAAAAGUCAGGGUCUCUGGACAACUAGUCCAGAAUCAAGUUCUCGAGAAGAUGCAAUCAAAACAGAUGUUGAGUCAGAUUGCCAGAGUGUGGCCUCCAUCACCAGCCCGGUAAAUGUCUCUCCCCUCAUAGACCUAGUCAAAAGGCCCUAUGGGCUCUCAGGACUGAAAAGAUCAUCUGCUUCUGCUUCUUCCUCUCUCAGAUCCAUCUCUGCGGCUGAAGGAAACAAGAGCUACAGUGGAUCCAUUCAAAGCUUAACUUCUAUAGGCUCCGAAGAGUCACCCAAAGCCACACCAAACCCAGAGCUACCUCCAGAAAUGUGCCGGAGGUUAAGGCUUCACACUGCCUCCAGCAAUGGCUCAGUAGUGGCAGCAAAGGCUCAACUAUUUGAAAAUGCUGAGUCACUCAAGCCAGUUUCUUCUGGAUGCCAAGCCAAAGCCAUGUACUCUUGCAAAGCAGAGCACAGCCAUGAGCUGUCCUUCCCCCAGGGGGCCAUUUUUUCCAAUGUACACCCGUUGGUGGAGCCAGGGUGGCUAAAGGCAACUUAUGAAGGCAAAACAGGACUAGUCCCUGAAAACUACGUUGUCUUCCUCUAAUAGCAUUAGUGGAUGGCAGUAUCUUCAUGGUAUCCAUGGUAAC